GGCUCCCCGCUCCCCAGCCGCCUGACAUCUGGGAGAGCCCAACAGAAUUUCCCAUGCAUGUAAGUUCAACAAACACACACGAGAGAGAGAGAGAGAAGAAGAAGAAGAAGAACAAGAACAAGAACAAGAAGAAGAUGAGUUGUGGCAACACGGCAUCGGGAAUGAUUGGAUUGUUCAGGCCCAGAGACCAAUCUUUAGUGAUUCCAUCUCCCCACGAGAGUACAAAAUUGAGUAACCAACAGCAGAUGGAUCUCAAUGCCAAGCGGUGCACGGAAGCGGGGGUUCGAGCUGGAAUGAAGGCGGCAGGGGCUGCCGCCGUUGGCAGCGCCAUCCCUACGCUGAUUGGUGUCCGUGUCAUCCCAUGGGCAAAGGCUAAUCUCAACCACACAGCACAGGCUCUAAUUAUAUCUGCAGCCUCAACCGCAGCAUACUUUAUUACUGCUGAUAAAACUAUCUUGGAGUGUGCGAGGAGGAACAGUAGAGCAAAUUACGAGAAGUUGAUGAAAUAAGAAUGGCCAGUUAUGGUAUUUUCCUCAUAGUCUGGCCACUGGAGAUCAGCGCGGCAUCUCUUGUUUGUGCCUAUGGUGUCUAUUUUGCAGCACAAAGGCAUCUGAAUUUUAGUACCUCAGUUGAUGUUGAUAUAUUCUUUACAUUCAUAUUUUGUUACUUGUUUCUGACUUUCAUGGGAACUCAUGCAAUUUUGCUGUUGUGCUGGUUGUUCAUUUCCCCCUCUAUAUGUCAGCAGCCAGUUCCGUUGGCCUGAU